CCCGAUACGAAGAGACUUUACGACGAUUUAUUGUAUUAUAAUAGAUUGAUACGUCCUGUUAAUAAUUCGAAUACUUUAACAGUUUGGCUGGGAUUAAAGUUGUCACAAUUAAUAGAAAUGAAUUUAAAGAAUCAAGUCAUGACAACGAAUGUCUGGGUAGAGCAGAAAUGGUUUGACUAUAAAUUACAGUGGAAUCCACAAGAGUAUGGUGGUAUAGAAAUGUUAUAUGUGCCUUCCGAAAACAUAUGGCUUCCGGACAUUGUGCUAUACAACA